AUGUCGCGGCGUCGCCGUCGUCUCACGCUGGCACCUGGUGGCCUAUCCCAGUUGUUAUCGCCGGCGUGCUCCUCCAGUGCGGGCUCGAGGUUUGCGUGCUUGGGCUCGCUGGAUGAGUCGCCGGGGAAGGAAGCGCGCUGCGGCGUGGAAGCCGAGGGUUGGACGGAGGCGGGACGCCGGCCGCCGAAGGCGCGCGCCGUGCUGGUCCAGGAUUUCUGGUCAGAGAUCGGGUUCCCAACACCUGCGUCGCGUUUCUGGGAACAGCGAUCAUCUACCGUUUCGCGGAGCUCGUCGCCGGUUGCGGUCAGUUCGUCGACGUCUCCUGGCCGGACUUCAACACCUGACUCCGGUUCAGUGAUUCGCCGCCGUUCGACAUCGUCGUCGCCAACCGGGUUGUCCCUCUCCCGGCCGCCGCACGUGGGUUCGUGGAGGGGACCUCUACCGCGCCGCCGGAUCACCCCACCGCCUGUUCUUGGCGAUUUCUUCGACCCAUCGCUGGUUGCCGGUGUGCCGGCGGCUGCGUUGGUUCAAAAGGAGCCCGCGCCGACCGUUAACCAAGGCGAGAUUCCUGCGCACGUUAGCAGAGUCGAUCGCGGCCAUGCAGAUCUCACGCAUGCGGAUGGGCUGGGCCAUUGCUUCGGCUGGGAUCAUCUGGUCCGUCGGUUCCGUUCGCUGUGGAGCCCGGUUUGCGACAAUAGGGGGAUUCCUGGCGCUGACUUGCCGAUCCUCUCGUCUACGUCUUCGCCUCGAUCUCACCUGUCGCCGCCGCCUUCGCUUCAAGUUUCGUCCGACCCAAGAUCCGCGACUCCAGUCCCGCCUCUCGCUCCCUGGACCUCGUCGCCUUCGUCCGCCACCUCAUCACCUUCGGUCUCGGGCCGAUCCUUCGCGGCGGUCGUCGCCUUCGGGACCCGGCAUCCCAUGGCUGGGCAGCGCCCCGCGGGCAUGGCCGGUUUCUCCGGCCAGGUGCCGCACCUCCGGCCUCCGGCAUCAGGCCAACCUCUGCAGCCGCCCUUGGUGCCCAAUCCUGUACGCCCGCCGCCCCAAGCUUCUGGUGGAGGGCAGUAUGCACCGGGUCAGCAGUUGCCGGCACAGUUUGGGGCCGGGCAGUCGGCGGUUCUUCCGCUGCAGCCUCCGUCUCGUCAGCCGGGGCCGCCGUCAUACAUGCCACCGGCUUUCCAGCAGACUCCGGUGGGGUACCAGCAACCACCGGCUUUCUUCCCGCCGACGGGCUUCAUGCCGCCGCCCGGGCAGUACCAGCAGCCCUUCUUCCCGCAAUUCCAACAGCAGACGUCGGGGAAUUCCUCCCAAGUGGCAAAUGCCGUAAAGCCGAAGCGGAAGAAGAAGAAGAAGAAUGGGCAGCAAGGUGCUACCGGUCCGCAGGGUUCUGUUCCAGUACCUAUUCAGGCCGCCUUCCCGCAGCCGCAGAUGCCUUUCAUGCACAACUCUGCAGUCGCCUCCGGAGACGCCUUGUCGACUGUUGCAGGUCCUUCGACCUGA